CUGAACGUAAGUAGCCUUGAAACGUAAACGUCACGGGAUCAAGAUUCCAUUGGUUUCAUCUGUCAAGUUGUCUAAAUCUUAAGUGUACGCUUAUAUAUAAAAGGAAAAGGAACGCGAUGCUUUGCUAACUCUACGACAACUAGAAAACAAGGCAAUCACAUUUCACAGGUUGACAGUAAGAACACUAUUUGUCCUGUGACGCAAAUCCUGUUGACUUAGAAUCUCAGUGCAUUUCCAAUUCAUAUGGAAAUAUGAAUGACUGUGAAGACCAAAAGGAAGAGUUCCUUCACACUAAAAUUCCUCCUGGUGGAGAACAUGGGACCCGGAUGAAAACCACGGGAACAAAGCCACAAAGACGAGAAACUGAUGAAUCAGAACCUGACUCUGAAUUGGAACCAAGCUGUGUGUCCUUCCAGUCUCGAGAGCCACCUAUUCAUUUUAAAGCUCCAUUGUCUGAGGCAAAAAUCCAGAACUUUUCUGAUCCCAGCUGUAUUUCCAAGGAGAACCCUACUGCAUUUGCCAGCCAUAUUUCCUGUGAGAAGGAUUCUUACCAGGAGAGCUCAAAUGAUCUCAGGAGUCAGUCUACCAUUCAGAAUCACACUGAACUGGAUGCCAUAUUUACGCUGCUGGAGGAAAAUAUUAUGACUUUUGUUAAGAUUGAGCUGAAGAAGCUCCAAAAGCUCCUGAGUCCAGAUUAUCCUCAAAACUCAGAGGGUCAAAUGCAGAAUGAAGAGAUUCUGGAGGGUGAGAAUGAGGAGCAGAGGAGAAGAACCAUAGAGUCAUUUCUGAACAUCACUCUGCACUUCUUGAGAAGGAUGAAACAUGACGUUCUGGCUGAGUGUCUGGAGAGCAGGACCCCUACCAUAGAGUUUCAACAAAAACAUAGAACAAAUCUUAAGGAGAAGUUCCAGUGUGUGUUUGAGGGGAUCGCCAAAAAAGGGAGUCCAACCCUUCUGAACCAGAUCUACACAGAGCUCUACAUCACAGAGGGAGGGACUGAAGAGGUCAAUAAUGAACAUGAGGUCAGACAGAUUGAAAUGGCAUCCAGAAAACCAGAACAACAUGAAACAACCAUUAGACAAGAAGAUGUUUUUAGAACACCAUCUGGAAGAAUUAAACAGAUUGGAACAGUGAUGACAAAGGGAGUGGCUGGCAUUGGAAAAACACUCCUGACACAGAAGUUCACUCUGGACUGGGCUGAGGGCAAAACCAACCAGGACAUCCAUUUAAUAUUUCCAUUCACCUUCAGAGAGCUGAAUGUGCUGAAAGAGAAAAAGUUCAGCUUGGUGGAACUUGUUCAUCACUUUUUUACAGAAAUCAAAGAAGCAGAAAUCUCUAAGUUUCACGAUUCCCAAGUGCUGUUAAUCUUUGAUGGCCUGGAUGAGAGUCGAUUUCCACUGGACUUCACCAAUUGUCCAAUCCUGACUGACGUUACAGAGUCCACUUCUCUAGAUGUUCUGCUGACAAACCUGAUCAGGGGGAAGCUGCUUCCCUCCGCUCUCCUCUGGAUAACCACACGACCUGCAGCAGCCAAUCAGAUCCCAGCUGACUGCGUUGAUCUGAUGACAGAGAUCCGAGGAUUCACCGACCCUCAGAAGGAGGAGUACUUCAGAAGGAGAUUUAGCGAGAAGCAGGCUAAGAAUGUAAUUUCUCAUAUCAAGACAUCUAGAAGCCUUUACAUCAUGUGCCACAUCCCAGUCUUCUGCUGGAUCAUAGCUACAGUCCUGGAGGAUAUGUUGAUCAGAGAGAAAGGAGAAAUGCCAAAGACCCUAACUGAGAUGUACAUCUAUUUUCUUGUGGUUCAGAUAAAAUUGAAAAAGGUUAAAUAUGACAGUCAGCCUGAGGCAGAUGCACACUGGACCACAGAAAACAAAAAAAUGAUUGAGUCUCUGGGAAAACUGGCUUUUGAUCAGCUGCAGAAAGGAAACCUGAUCUUUUAUGAAUCAGACCUGACAGAGUGUGGCAUCGAUAUCAGAGCAGCCUCAGUKUACUCAGGAGUUUUCACACAGAUCUUUAGAGAGGAGAGAGGGCUGUACCAGGACAAGGUGUUCUGCUUUGUCCAUCUGAGUGUUCAGGAGUUUCUGGCUGCUCUGCAUGUUCAUCUGACCUUCAUCAACUCUGGAACCAACCUGCUAAUUGGAUCAACCAAUGCACCAAAGCAAUCUGCUCCAAGACAAAAUGAGUCUUCUAGAACAGAGCUCCACCAAAUAGCUGUGGACAAGGCCUUGAAGAGUUUGAAUGGACAUCUAGACUUGUUCCUCCGCUUCCUUCUCGGUCUUUCAUUGUCAAGCAAUGAAAAUCUUCUGCAAGAUCUCUUCUCACAAUCAGUAAACAGCUCACAAAGCAAUCACAAAACAAUUCAGUACAUUAAAAUGGAGAUUGCUGGCAAUCUGUCACCGGAGAAAAGCAUCAAUUUGUUCCACUGUCUGAAUGAACUGAAUGAUCGUUCUUUAUUGGAGGAGAUUCAGCAGUACCUGAGAUCAGGAAGUCUUUCCUCAUAUAAAUUGUCUGCUACCCAGUGGUCUGCUCUAACGUUCACCUUACUUUCUUUGGAAACAAAUUUGGAUGUGUUUGACCUGAAGAAAUACUCUGCUUCAGAAGAGGCUCUCCUGAGACUGCUGCCAGUGGUGAAAGCCUCCAAAAAAGCUCUGCUUAGUUGUUGUAAUCUGUCUGAGAGAAGCUGUGAAGUUCUGUCCUCGAUAUUGGAAUCACAAAACAAUUCCUUGAGAGAGUUGGACUUUAGCAACAAUAACCUGGGGGAUUUGGGAGUAAAGAUGCUCUCUGUUGGACUACAGAGUCCCCACUGCAAACUGGAAAGCCUCAGGUUGUCAGGUUGUAUGAUUACAAAGGAAGGUUGUGAUUCACUGAUCUCAGCUCUGAGCUCCAAACCCUUACAAAUGACUGAGCUGGACCUCAGCUACAAUGACAUAGGAGGAUGGGAAGAAAAGAUGUUGUCUGCCAGCAAAAACAACUCUGGACUGGGCACUCUAAGGUUGGAUCACAGUGGAGAGCAGUGGUUAAAACCUGGUCUAAGGAAAUACUUCUGUGAACUUGAGUUUGACACAAACACCACAAACAGAAACCUGAAGCUGUCUGAUGAAUUCAGGAAGGUGACAGUGUUGGAGGACGAGCAGCCAUAUCCAGACCAUGUAGACAGAUUUGGCUGGUGGCAGCUGCUGUGCAGAAAUGGUUUGACUGGUUGCUCUUACUGGGAGGUGGAGUGGAAGGGAAGAGUUCAUAUAUCUGUCAGUUACAUGAGUAUCAAGAGGAGAGGAUUCAGAACUGACUGCAGGUUUGGAGAGAAUGAUCAGUCCUGGAGUCUGAGCUGCUCGGAUACCGUUGGGUAUUCAGUCUGGCACAAUAACACAGUUGCAACCAUCUCCUUCUCAUCUCCCUCAUCCUCCACAGUGUCCAACAGGAUAGCAGUCUAUCUGGACUAUCCGGCUGGAUCUCUGUCCUACUAUAGAGUUUGCUCUGGCAAAUUAAUCCACCUUCACACUGUAAACACCAUAUUCAAAGAACCCAUUUAUCCUGGCUUUGGGUUCUGGUCCUAUGGUUCCACCUUGUCACUCUGUUCAUAUGAGAACUGCAGGCUUUUGGAAAUGACAGAGACAGACCAAGAGGUAAGAUGUUUAUGUCUACCUUUUCCAUAUUAUCCACUUUAUUUAACCAUAAUUUUCCCACUUCACAGCUCUGAACUCAGUCAGGUGUCAGUCAAUCGUCUUCGACUAUUAUUUGAACCCUCUGAUGACGCAAGGUUCCGACCGCGGAAACAAGACACCAAUAAGAGUGAUCGAUUGAAGAAAAUCCGUUUAUUUGACGAAUCUGACCUGAACAGUGGAAAAACCAUCGGCCUGCAGACACCAGUUCUGUCUCCAACCAGCGCCGUGUCCAUGAAGAGUGACCGGUCAAUGGAUCCAAUCACCGUGUUCAGAGACAGAAACCAGAUCGAUGAGGAGGAAUCUGCCUCCUGUGCUGCCAGCUGCGUGUCGCUAAAGAGCGACCGGUCCAUGGAUCCCAUAACUGUCUUCAAAAAUGGAGACCUGCCUGAGCACAAAGAAAUCCAGACAGCAGCCAUACCCUCAUCCAGCUGUUUAUCCAUGAAGAGUGACCGGUCCAUGGAUCCAAUAACUGUCUUUAAAGAAGGGCACCAGACUGUUCAGAACAGUAAUGAGCUGCAGGACUCGGCGGUUCUCAAUGUUCAGUCUGUUCAUCAUCAAACUGAUCUGGACUCCAUUUUUAAGGCUCUGGAGGAAAGCAUGGUAUUUUUUGUGAAGUCAGAGCUAAAGAAAUUCCUCAAUGUUGUUGGACCAGAUUAUCAUGAACACUUAAAGAACAAGAGAGAGAAUGAAGAGGUGUUGGAUGGGGGUGAGGAAGUGGAGGAAUAUACCAGCGGAGAGUCAUUUCUGAAGCUCACACUUGACUUUCUGAGGAGGAUGAAGCAAAAGAGGCUGGCUGAUUAUCUGCACAGCAGGGCCUCUUCAACAAAGUAUCAGCAAAGACACAAGACUAACCUGAGGAAGAGUUUCCAGCAUGUGUUUGAAGGGAUUGCUAAAAGCGGAAGCUCAGCUCCGUUAAACCAGAUCUACACGGAGCUUUACAUGACAGAGGGAGGAACCGGAGAUGUUAAUGAAGAGCACGAGGUCAGGCAGAUUGAAAUUACCUGCAGAAAACAAGACAGUCCUGAAACAAUCAGAAUAGAAGACAUCUUUAAGGUUCAUAAUGACAAAGCUCAGCCAAUCAGAACAAUGCUCACUAAAGGAGUUGCUGGCAUUGGGAAAACCAUCCUAACGCAGAAGUUCACUUUGGAUUGGGCCGAAGACAAAUCACAUCAGGAUAUUCAUUUUACUUUUCCGUUUACCUUCAGAGAGCUGAAUGUGCUGAAAGAGGAAAGAUUCAGUUUGGUGGAACUCGUUCAUCGCUUCUUUCCAGAAAGCAAACAAAUCCGCAGUUUUGAACAAUUUAGUAUAUUGUUCAUUUUUGAUGGCUUGGAUGAGAGCAGACUUCCACUGGACUUCAGCAACAGUCCGAUCCUGACUGACGUUGCAGAGUCCAGCUCAGUGGAUGUUCUGCUGAUAAACCUGAUCAGGGGGAAACUGCUUCCCUCCGCUCGCCUCUGGAUAACCACACGACCUKCAGCAGCCAAUCAGAUCCCUCCUCAGUGUGUUGGCAUGGUGACAGAGGUCAGAGGUUUUUCAGAUUCCAAAAAGGAGGAGUACUUUAGGAAGAGGUUUAAAAAUAAGAAGCAGGCCAACAGGAUCAUCUCCCACAUCAAAUCUUCACGUAGCCUCCACAUCAUGUGCCACAUCCCGAUCUUCUGCUGGAUCAAUGCCACAGUCCUGGAGGAUAUGCUGAAAACCAGGGAAGAUGGGGAGCUGCCAAAGACCCUGACAGAGAUGUACAUCCACUUUUUAGUUGUUCAGACCAAAGUAAAGAAAGUUAAAUAUGAUAAAGGGAUGGAAACAGAUCCUCACUGGAGUCCAGAGAGCAGGGAGAUGAUUGAGUCUCUGGGAAAACUGGCUUUUGAUCAGCUGCAGAAAGGAAACCUGAUCUUCUAUGAAUCAGACCUGACAGAGUGUGGCAUCGAUAUCAGAGCAGCUUCAGUUUACUCAGGAGUGUUCACACAGAUCUUUAUAGAGGAGAGAGGGCUGUACCAGGACAAGGUGUUCUGCUUCGUCCAUCUGAGUGUCCAGGAGUUUCUGGCUGCUCUGCAUGUUCAUCUGACCUUCAUCAACUCUGGAACCAACCUGCUGAUGGCAGCACAAAACACACCACAAACAGGAGAGCUAGAUUCUGCAGCAAUCCAGCUUCAUCAGCUCGCUGUUGACAAGGCCUUACAGAGUCCAAACGGACACUGGGACAUGUUCCUCCGCUUUCUGGUAGGACUUUCUCAGCCUGUGAAUCAAACGUUGCUACGAGGCCUACACACACAAACACAAAGCAGCUCACAAAGCAACCAAGAAACAAUCCAGUACAUCAAGAAGAAGAUCAGCGAUGAUGUGUCUGUAGAGAAAAGCAUCAACCUGUUCCACUGUCUGAAUGAACUGAGCGAUCGUUCACUGGUAGAGGAGAUCCAACAGUACCUGAAAUCAGGAAGUCUGUCCACAGACAAACUGUCUCCGGUUCUGUGGUCGGCUCUGGUCUUCAUCUUACUGUCAUCAGACGAAGACUUGGACGUGUUUGACCUGAAGAAAUACUCUGCCUCAGAAGAAGCCCUGCUAAGGCUGCUUCCAGUGAUCAAAGCCUCACACAGAGCUCUACUGAGCGGCUGUAACCUCUCUGGAAGAAGCUGUGAAGCUCUGUCUUCGGUUUUAAGCUGCCAGUCUUCCAGUCUGAGAGAGCUGGACCUGAGCAACAACAAGCUGGAGGACGCAGGAGUGAAGCUACUUUCAGUGGGACUGGAGAGUCCAAACUGCAAACUGGAAUCCCUCAGUCUUACAGGAUGUCUAAUCACGGAGGAAGGCUGCGCUUCUCUUGCCAAAGCUCUCGCCUCCAACCCGUCCCACCUGGAAGUCCUCGACCUCAGUUACAAUCAUCCUGGAGACUCAGGAGUGAUGCUUCUGUCUUCUAGGUUGGAAGAUCCACACUGCAAACUGGAAACACUCAGAUUGGACAGCUGUGGAAAGCAGUGGCUCACACCUGGACUGAAGAAGUAUUCCUGUGAACUUGAACUGGAUCCAAACACAGCUGGCCGAAAGCUGGCUCUGUUUGACAACAACAAGAGUGCAAAAAUCGUAAACCAAGAGCAGCCGUAUCCUGAUCACCCAGACAGAUUUGAAUGGAAUCAACUUCUGUGCAAAAAUGGCCUGACUGGUCGCUGUUACUGGGAGGUGGAGUGGAGUGGGAGGGUUCUGGUGUCAGUGAGCUACAGUCGACUCACCCGGAGGGGCCUGAGCAGCGAAUGCUGGUUUGGUGGGAACGAACUGUCGUGGGGUCUGAGGUGCUGUGACGACGUUGGUUACGCCAUCUGUCAUAAGAACAACAUGGCCAUCGUCCCCUUGCCACAGUCCUGCCUCUCCCACAGGAUAGCAGUGUAUCUGGACUAUCCUGCUGGGACUCUGUCUUACUAUCGAGUGUCUGCUGACACCCUGACGCAUGUUCACACCUUCUACGCCACGUUCACGGAGCCGCUGUACCCUGGCUUUGGGUUCUGGUAUGAUUCCUCAGCGACUCUGUGUUCCCUGUUUCGCUGUGGCCCCAUCAGUAAAGCUCCAGGCUCACCUCUGCCCUGCUUGUCGAUGAAGAGCGACUCUUCCAUGGAGAUUGCAACACAGUUUAAAUACAGACGUCAAACUUUUCAUACCAGCAUCAGCCAAGAGUUCCCAGAUGAGUCUGGGGAUGAAUCUGCUAGAGAACAGCAUCAAAAAGAGCUGAACUCUGUAUUUAAGAUGCUUGAGGAAAACCUAAUGACUUUUAUGAGAAAUGAGCUGCAGAAGUUUCAGAUGAUUCUGAGCUCUGACUAUUCAGAAGCUGCAGACAAUCAGGAGAAAGAAGACGAGAGAAACUCUGCAGAUCCAGAACAGGCCAAGGGCAGCAGGGAGACGUUUCUGAAGCUGUCGCUCCAGUUCCUGAGGAAGAUGAGGAAAGACGACCUGGCCGACUGUCUGUGGAACAGAACCUGCGCAACAGAAUGCACACAAAAGCUAAAGUCCAGCUUGAGGAAAAGAUUCUGCUGUGUGUUUGAGGGACUCGCUAAAGCAGGAAAUCCAACACUGCUGAACCAGAUCUACACAGAGCUGUACAUCACAGAGGGAGGCGAUCGACAGAUCAACGAAGAGCACGAGGUCAGGCAGAUCGAAGCAACGUCCAGGAAGCAGCGCGUUCAAGAAAAAACCAUCAGACAGGAAAACAUCUUUAAAGCUUCACCUGAAAAAGACAAACCAACCAGAACAGUGAUGACCAAGGGAGUCGCUGGAAUUGGGAAAACGGUCCUGACGCAGAAAUUCGCUCUGGACUGGGCUGAAAACCGGAGCAACCAGGACAUCCAGUUCAUUUUCCCCUUCACUUUCAGAGAACUCAAUGUUCUUAGAGACAAACGGUUCAGUCUGGUUGAACUUGUUCAUCACUUCUUUAAUGAAUCCAAAGAAGCACAAAUCUGCAGAUUUAACGACUUCCAGAUCGUGUUCAUAUUUGAUGGCUUGGAUGAGUGUCGACUUCCUCUGGACUUCAGCAACAAUGAGGUCCUGACCGACGUGACAGAGUCCACCUCUCUGGACGUUCUGCUGACAAACCUGAUCAGGGGGAAACUGCUUCCCUCCGCUCGCCUCUGGAUAACCACACGACCUGCAGCGGCCAAUCAGAUCCCUCCUGAGUGCGUUGACAUAGUUACGGAUGUAAAAGGGUUCACUGACGUACAGAAGGAGGAGUAUUUCAGGAAGAGGUUUGUAGACCAGAAGCAGGCCAGCAUGGUCAUCUCCCACAUCAAGAUGUCACAAAGCCUUCGCAUCAUGUGCCACAUCCCGGUCUUCUGUUGGAUCAGCGCCACCGUUCUGGAAAACGUCCUGAAAACCAGACAAGGCAGAGAGCUGCCCAAGACCCUGACCGAGUUAUACAUCUACUUCCUGCUGGUCCAGAGCAAAGUAAAGCAACUGAAAUAUGAAGGGGGAGCAGAGACAGAUUUAACCUGGAGUCCGGAGAGCAAGAAGAUGAUCAAGUCUCUGGGGAAACUGGCUUUUGAUCAGCUGCAGAAAGGAAACCUGAUCUUCUAUGAAACCGAUCUGGCAGGAUCUGGCAUUGAUAUCAAGGCGGCUUCAAUUUAUUCAGGAGUUUUCACACAGAUCUUUAAGGAGGAGAGAGGGAUUUACCAGGAUAAGCUGUUCUGCUUCAUCCAUCUGAGUGUUCAGGAGUUUCUGGCUGCUCUUCAUGUCCAUCUGACCUUCAUCAACUCAGGUGUCAACCUGCUGGAUGACAAGCAGCCAAAACAAAGGGUGUCUAAGGCCUUUAAAAACCAGCCUAAUGUAAGAAAACUUCACCAAACUGCUGUAGAUAAAGCUUUACAAAGUCCCAAUGGUCACCUUGAUCUAGUCCUUCGCAUACUGGUAGGUCUUUCACUGCCGGCCAAUCAAACGCUGCUCCGAGGCCUGCAGACACAAACUCCAAACAUCUUACAAUCAAAUCAGGAAACAGCUGAAUACAUCAAGAAGAUGAUCAGUGAUGGUCUGUCUGCGGAGAAAAGCAUCAACCUGUUCCACUGUCUGAAUGAACUGAACGACCGCUCCCUGGUGGAUGAAAUCCAGCAGUACCUGAGAUCAGGAAGUCUUAGCACACGAAAACUGUCUCCGGCUCAGUGGUCGGCUCUGGUCUUCAUCCUACUGUCAUCAGAAAAAGGUCUGGAAGUGUUUGACCUGAAGAAAUACUCUGCUUCAGAGGAGGCUCUGCUGAUGCUGCUGCCAGUGGUGAAAGCCUCCAACAAAGCUCUGCUAAGCGACUGCACCCUCUCUGAGAAAACCUGUGAAGCUCUGUCCUCAGUGCUCGGUUCGCAGUCUUGCUGCUUGAGAGAAGUGGACCUGAGUCAUAACGACCUGGAGGACGCAGGAAUGACGGCGUUGUCUUCUGGGAUGUUGGAUCAACAGUGUGGACUAGAGUCACUGAGGGUAGCUGACUGCAACCUGACACAGAGGAGCUGUGAGACUCUGUCCUCAUGUCUCAGUUCCAAGAGUUUGAGGCUCCAGAGUCUGGAUUUGAACUACAACUGCCUGCAGGACGUCGGACUGAAGCAGCUUUCUGAUGGACUGAAGAGUCCGUACUGCAAACUAGAGAGGCUCAGUUUGACGGCAUGUGGCCUCUCGGAGCACAGCGUUGAAACUCUGGCCUCGGUGCUCAGCUCUCCCUCCUGCAGCCUCAAAUCUCUGAACAUGAGCAACAACAACCUGGGCGAGUCGGGGCUGCAGCGGCUCUGUGCUGAACUGAAGAACAAACACUGUCAGAUGGAGACGGUCAUCCUGUGUGGAUGCCAACUCUCAGAAAGAUGCUGCAAAUAUAUAUCCUCAGUUCUCAGCAGUCAGCCGUCCAAACUGAGAGAGCUGGACCUGAGUAACAACAACCUGAGAGAUGCAGGAGUGCAGCAGCUGUGCAGUGGGCUGGAGGCGCCGCACUGCAAGCUGGAAACGCUCAGACUGUCAGGCUGUCUGGUGACAGGAAAAGGUUGCGGCUAUCUGGCGUCGGCCCUGAGCUCCAACCCGUCUCACCUGACAGAACUGGACCUGAGCUACAACCAUCCAGGAGUCGUAGGGAAGCAAAUGCUGUCGUCUGAGCAGAAGGGCCCACAGUGGAAACUGGCUAAUCUGAGUUUGGACCAAGGCGGAGAGCACAGGCUACAACCUGAUGUGAGAAAGUAUUGGUGUGAACUUGAUCUGGACAUGAAUUCAGUGCACAGACAGCUCCGCCUCUCUGACAACAACACGGAGAUUCGGCAGGUGGAGGACGAGCAGCCGUACCCCGACCACCCAAACAGGUUCCAGACCUGCUGGCAGCUCAUGUGCAGAAACGGCCUGACUGGUCGCUGUUACUGGGAGGUGGAGUGGAAGGGAGCAGUUCUCAUCUCUGUGAGCUGCAAAGGAAUCAAACGAAGUGGGAAAAGUGAGGACUGCCGGUUCGGAAGGAAUGAUCAGUCCUGGACGUUGGAGUGCUCGGAUGUGUUUGGUUUGGCCGCCUGGCAUGUGAACAGAGAAACAACCAUCCCCUCCUCCUCGGCCCCCCACAGAGUAGGAGUUUAUCUGGACCAUCCUGCAGGAACGCUGUCCUUCUACAACGUGGCCUUUGACAGGCUGAAGCAUCUCCACACCUUCUGCGCCACAUUCACUGAACCCGUUUAUCCCAGUUUUGGUUUGUGGUCUGGAGCCUCAGUGUCUCUGUGUUCAGCAGCUUCAAAGAAACUUUAAAUAUGUUUCAGAGUAAAUAUAACAGCUUUACAUAAUUAAAGCUGUGCAGCAGCUCUGUGCAUAACUGAAAACGUUCUAUGUGAAUAGAUAAGUUAAGCUGUUACACUUCUAAAAUUAAUUUAAUCGUCAUGUUUUCUAUGAAACCAAAGGAUCUCCACACAUCCCGCUUUACGUUUUACGGUGGAGGAGCAGCAGAGUUUGAAAACACCAACACAUAAUCGUCUGCACCGCCAUCACAGCCGUUUAAUCCGUUGCCAACAGGCAGUAAUGUGA